GGUUCCUCCUUUUCCUGUCGUGGUUACAGUUUAAUAGAUGCGUACAGUUUUGUGGGUUGUUGAAUUUACGGAUGUACUGUAUGAUCACUGAUUCUAAACGGAAAAGCGUGGGGACAGAAAACUGGGAAAAAAAAAAAACAACCAUUAACACAGUGUUAUCUUAAUGGAUCGGCUUAGUUAAUUUCUUAUUAUGAACGUCAUGGACUUCAAUGUCAAGAGGUUUGCUGCCGACGCCGGUACUUUCCUUAGCCGAGCAGUGCAGUUUACAGAAGAAAAACUUGGUCAGGCUGAAAAGACUGAAUUGGAUGCUAAUCUGGAAAACCUUUUAACCAAAGCUGAAAACACCAAAAUAUGGACGGAAAAAAUAAUGAAGCAGACAGAAGUGCUUCUGCAGCCAAAUCCAAAUGUAAGAAUAGAAGAAUUUCUGUAUGAAAAAUUGGAAAAAAAGGCUCCAACACGAAUGAACAACCAUGACCUUUUGGGACAAUACAUGAUCGAUUCUGCAAAUGAUUUUGGACCUGGCACUGCCUAUGGAAAUGCUCUUGCAAAAUGUGGUGAAACUCAGAAGCAAAUUGGAAGUGCGGAAAGAGAAUUUAUACAGAGUACAGCGAUUAAUUUUCUGACUCCAUUUCGAAACUUCCUGGAAGGGGAUUUCAAAACAAUUUCUAAAGAACGCAAACUUUUACAAAACAAACGCCUGGAUCUUGAUGCUGCCAAAACGAGAUUGAAAAAAGCUAGAGUUACAGAGGCCAAAGCAGCACAAUUAGACCAAUGUCCGCCAAGUGGGGAAAACCCAAUGGUAAAUUUCUCUUACAUGCUCAACUACCUGCAUGUAAAAUGGCUAAAGAUGUGGGCUGAAGAGGUGACCAAAGCUGAGCAGGAGCUAAGAAUAACUCAAAGUGAGUUUGAUCGGCAGGCUGAAAUCACCAGACUUCUCCUGGAAGGAAUUAGCGGUACCCAUGCACAUCAUUUGCGCUGUCUGAAUGAUUUUGUGGAAGCCCAGGCAACUUAUUAUGCACAGUGUUAUCAGUACCUCUUGGACCUCCAGAAGCAAUUGGGAAGCUUUCCAUCCACCUUUUCCUCAAACAACAAUCAAACCUCCACAAGUUCACUUCCCAGCAUUUCUAUUCCCUCCAUUCCAAUUUCUACUUCUCUUCCCACUCAAGCAAAUUCUGUUGUCACCUCAGGCUUCAGUGAACUGAGAGCUUCAAGUGGCAGCAGAAAGGCUAGGGUGUUAUAUGACUAUGAUGCGGCAGACAGCAGUGAACUGUCCCUGCUUGCAGAUGAGGUUAUAACAGUGUACAGUGUUCCUGGAAUGGAUUCUGAUUGGCUGAUGGGCCAGAGAGGAAACCAGAAGGGCAGAGUGCCUAUUACCUACUUGGAACUGUUAAAUUGAUCAGGCAAGAAAAAAGGCAGAUAUCUAUUACAGCUGUGAUUUCAUAUUUAUAAGCAUUUUCUUUCAUUUAAACCAAUUUAGAUGUCUUCCACAUUUAUAUGAUGUUAUUGAUGCCACAGUACAAGUGCCCAUAAUGAUGGAAAUAUCAUUAUAAAUAUCAGACCUGUGUAACACUGAUUUGCAUUUUGUUAAACGUUUUUACAGUCCAUGUGCCAAUAAGACUUCAUGAAUUUAUUUUCUACUGAAAUUUUCCAACAACUUCAAGCAUCAGCUUUUAUGUACCCUAGUGCCUAAAAUAAAUUUUUUUGCCAUAUCAUUCUUGUUGAUGUUUUUUAAUGAUGGCUGCAAUUGUAAAUAAAUGCAUUUAAUAAAACAGACUUUAGAAAAAUGGUGAGUUAAAUAUGCAUUUAAGAGUAAGUAUUAAAGUUUAUGUUCUUCUUUAACACUGUCAUUUUUUAUGCUUUCUGCUAUACAUACAUUUUUUUUAUUUUUUUUUUUUAAACAUGUCAUUCAAAUUAAUUACUCUUCUUCUUGGUAUAUAUUGUGAGAAUAGUUAUUGGAUCUAUGUACUGUGUGUUUGUGUUUGUAUGUAUAUAGAUAUAUAUAAAAUGGGUUCAUUUUUACAAAUAAUGUGGCCUGUUUAACGUGUUAAGAACUGUUAUCUCAUCCAGGCCGGGCAAUAAAGUGAGUGCAUUAGGCAGAUCUUUGGUCAGGGCGGUAUUUUCAUGUAAUUUUUUUUUAAUAUUAUAAAAUAAUAUAAAAAAGUUGUGUGUACAUAAAGAAUAGCAUACAACAUCCAGUGCUGUGUGUGUGUCUGUGUGUGUGUAUAUAUGUGUUUGUAACUCAGAAAAUCCCAAAGCGCACUCCAAUUCUGCCAACCACAAAAGCAUUCUUUACACUUGCUAAACAGUCUGAACCGGAAGUGACAUCCUUGGGGCUGGAACCGGAAGUGGUGUUCUUGGGGCCGAAACCAGAAAUGACAUCAUCGGGCCUGAAUCGGGCAGAAUUUCCCGUGCCCGGCCUGCAGAGAUAAAAAAAGGAAGAAGGUUUAGUGCACCCUGCCACCUCCUGGCAUGGAAUUAUCAUCCUUUGGUCCAUUUAGCUGCCUCCCGUGUGUGUGUGUGUAUAUAUGUACAGUUUAGAAAUUAGAAGAUAUGGCCAGAUGCCUGGGUCAGAACAUUUCCAAAACAGCAAGGCUUGGGGGGGAGGUCAAAGUCCUCUGUGGUGAGUACCAAUGAACAGUGGUCUGUGUAGGGGGAAAAACCACAAAUGUAUGACAGGGUAUUGGAAGGGCUUUUUUAUCGAUUUAUCAAUUGCAAGAGGUCAACAAAGGCUAACCUGUCUGGUAAAAACUAACAGGAGGGCUGCUGUGGCACAAAUGACAUUAAUUAGGGUUAUGCAAGUAAUAUGUCAUAACAUACAGUGCAUCAGGAUCAGUGGAAGAAGGUCACCUGCUCCAGUGAUUUCCCUUUUUUUGCUACAUCAUGUGGAUGCGUGUGUUAUUUACCAGGGGAGGAGAUGUUACCAGAAUGCACUGUGGAAAGAACACAAACCAGUCGAGGGAUUGUGAUGCAUUGGUCAAUAUUCUGCUGGGAAACUCUGGACUUUAUUUUGAAUCAUACUACCUACCUAAAUAUUGCACACCACAAGUAGGUAUACUCAGAUAAAAGUGGCAUCUUUGUGCAGUGUUGCAGGGUGCAUUAUCCUGCUGAAAUUGUUUGGUAGCCAUCGCUAUAGCUCUUCACACAGCCCUGAACCAACUGCAGCACAGUGUGACAUAUGUGAGGGAUGCUUUUUGUCGAUUACAGCUCGGCAUUUAACACAAUCAUCCCAGACAUCCUCGUCAAAAACUUAUGUGAUCUUGGCCUCUCCUAUCUGCUGCUGGAUUAGGGACUUUUUGGCCAACUUCAGACUUCUGCUGGUGUUUUCUAUCGUUCGAACAUAGAGAGCAUCCUGAUGUACGGUGUGACUGUGUGGUAUACCGGUUGCCUUUCACCAGAUAAAAAAGCAAUACAGAGUGUGAUUAACACUGCUCAAAAGAUUGUUGGCUGUCCUCUCCCCUCUCUAGAGGAGAUUGCCAACUCUAGACUUCUCUCUAGAAGCAACUAAGAUCACACAAGAUGGCCGUCAUCCUGGUCGCUUCCCGUUUGAACUUUUACCUCAAGAUGGUGUUACAGACAUCUCAAAACAAGGACCAGUAGAUUCAGGAAUAGUUUUUUUUCCCUAAAGCAAUAGCAAUCCUAAAUGCUGCUAAACUUUCUUAUUACACAGUAUAUACUGAAUCCUAGCACACUGUCCAUAUUAUUUAUAGGGUCUCUGUUUUAUGGUAUGUGUGUGUGUUCCAAUAAGGAUGUAUGAGUGGUGUAAUUGGGUGUGAGGUGUCUUUAUGUUAGUUAGUAUGGGACUGUGGGUGGGUGUAUUUGCAUUGUAUAAUGUGGAACGUGUGGUUUUAUUAAACUUAAGUGUUUUGCAAUGAGACACCAUAUGGAAGAGGUCUUCCAAUUUUGUUGUAUGUGAAUAUAGUGGCAAUAAAGGCAUUCUUAUUCUUA